UGUGCUGGGCAGAGCUGGGCUGGUGGAGCGUGAGACACCCCUGCCUGGGCCAUGGACACCUGCCCAGCAUCCUGGCGUGGGUGCAGAGGUUCUAACUGAGCAGCCCUUAUGACCAACAUGAGCUGGAGCUUCCUCACCCGCCUGCUAGAAGAGAUUCACAACCACUCCACCUUCGUGGGGAAGGUCUGGCUCACCGUGCUCAUCGUCUUCCGCAUCGUCCUGACGGCGGUGGGGGGCGAGUCCAUCUACUCCGAUGAGCAGAGCAAGUUCACCUGCAACACCAAGCAGCCGGGCUGCGACAACGUCUGCUACGACGCCUUCGCGCCGCUCUCCCACGUCCGCUUCUGGGUCUUCCAGAUCAUCAUGAUCUCCACGCCCUCCGUCAUGUACCUGGGCUAUGCCAUCCACAGGAUCGCCCGCUCGGCCGAGGAGGAGGAGAAGCUCAAGGGCUUCAAGAAGAAGAAGCAGUUUGCCCUCAACUGGCAGGCCGUGCGCAACAUGGAGGACGCCAUGGAGGCCGACGAGGAGGAGCCCAUGAUCUCCGACGACGCGGCCGAGCACGACAAGGCCAGCAAGGCCAAGCCCAAGUGCAAGGAGCAGCAGAAGCACGACGGGAGGAGGCGCAUCCAGCAGGAGGGGCUGAUGAAGAUCUACGUCUUCCAGCUCCUCACCCGGGCUUCCUUCGAGGUGUGCUUCUUGAUAGGGCAGUAUCUGCUCUACGGUUUUGAGGUGGAAGCAUAUUACGUCUGCAACAGGGUCCCAUGUCCCCACACCGUGGACUGCUUCGUGUCCCGGCCCACGGAGAAGACCAUCUUCCUGCUGGUGAUGUACGUGGUGAGCUGCCUGUGCCUGCUGCUGAACAUGUGCGAGAUGUUCCACCUGGGCUUCGGGACCAUCCGCGACGCCAUCCGCAACCGCAAAAUCAACAGCUUCCGCCAGCCGCCCUACAACUACGCCUACCCCAAGAACAUCUCCUGCCCUCCCGAGUACAACCUGGUCGUCAAAUCCGAGAAGGCCACCAAGAUCCCCAACAGCCUGAUGGCCCACGAGCAGAACUUGGCCAACGUGGCCCAGGAGCAGCAAUGCACCAGCCCCGACGAGAACCUGCCCGCCGACCUGUCCACGCUGCAUAAGCACCUGAGGGUGGCCCAGGAGCAGCUGGACAUUGCCUUCCAGAGCUACAGCAGCACCCAGGCCAACACCCAGCCCUCUCGGACCAGCAGCCCCGCCUCGGGGGGCACUGUGGUGGAGCAGAACAGGGCCAACACCGCCCAGGAGAAACAAGGUGCUAAGCCCAAGGCCUCACUGGAGAAAGGCAGCUCCAGCAGUAAAGAUGGGAAGACAUCUGUGUGGAUAUAACUGUGUCAGGAAGCCGUGAGAGGGGCUUUGGUUUUGGUUUAUUUCUGGUUUUCGGUGUUAUCUCGCGUGUGUUUCGCAGGGCACGGUUUUUGCAUGGAAGUCGAGAGAGUGAAAGGAGUGUUGGACCAAUUUAGUGCUGUCUUCCAGUUAACAAAAGACAUUUCUUCCCUGUUUCCAACGUGUUCUCCAACUGGGAACCUCCAGCGUUGUAGUGCGUUCAUUAAGUUCAUUUAAUUCCUCCCCCAUUUUAUGUAUCUGCUCCCCCCCAUUUAUUACAGCGACCUGAGUGGGUGCUGCUGGUGAUAGAGAGACGGUGACUCUUGUAUCUUGAUCAGAAGGCUUGAUUUAUUAAGAUAUGAUAUAUAACACAUUAUGACUAUACUAAAUAGAAUAUAGAGAGAGGUUUGCAGAGCUGCUAGCUAAGCUAACAAUAGAUAGAAAAGAAUCCCAAACAAAGUUGUGUCCAGGGACUCAGUCCCCUCACUUGCCCUGGUGAUUGGCC